CCGAGGAGGACGGCUCGGUUGUAUCCGGGAGGCCGGCGGGUGCCGCGCGGGGAUUGGCCCGCCGUUCAGCGGCACGGCGCGAUUGGCCGGUUCGAAGGGUCCGUUGGCGGCGGCAUGGCGGCGGCGGCCGAGCUGGCGCGGGCCCUGGCGGGGUGGCGGUUGCGCGACGUCGGCGCAGUCUGGGUCAACGCGGUCUGGGAGCUGGAUUUCACCGAGGCCGAACCUCUGGAUUCCAGGCUAGCAGAGGAGAUCACGGGAGACGGACUCGAUGCUUUCACCGGGCUUUACCGGUCCCUGCUGCCCUUCGCUGCGGAGCACCGCGAGAACGGAGAGAAUAUCUGGACCUUUUUUGCGGAAAACAACUUCUCUCCUAAUGCUCUCGUGGCUGUGUUGCACCACUUUGUCCAAGCGGGCCAGCAUAAAAGAGCUAAUGCACAGCAGAGGGUUUACGCUCUUCAUGCGGCUGGGUUGUACUUCUUGCUGCUGGAAAUCCCAGGCAGCAUAGCUAACCAGCUGUUCCAUCAAGUGAUGUUUGAUAAAUGUCUUCACACCCUGACAAAAAGUUGGCCUCCAGAACCAGAUCUGAUGAGGAAAAGAAAGAAGGUGCAUGCUCAAAGCUCUCAGACUGAUGCAAGAAGAAAUAGAAAGAAAGGAAAACCGUGCAGGAAUGGCAACAUGGACGAGAUGUUGGAAGAGGAGGAGGAGGAAGAGGAUUGUGAAAAUGUUUACUUUACAACGGACGAUCUUCUUAAAGUUCGCAACUCAAUCUUCCUUCUUUUGAAAAACUUCUUAAGACUUCUACCUAAGUUCUCCCUAAAAGAAAAACCUCAGUGUGUGCAGAACUGCCUGCAGAUCUUUGUUGAAAUGACAAACUUUGAGGCAGCAGUACAUGAGUUUGAGUUCUCACCAGCAAUGAAUGUUAAUGAAGCCAAGUACAUUCCCGAGCUGGCCUAUCACGGACUGCGAUUACUGUGUUCCCCUCUGCAUGGUCCAGAAGAUAAGGUGGAGCUCCAGCACUGCUUGGUAGCGUGCUGUGGCAUUGGGUUUGUGCAGCAGCGAAGCAUGAUGGGGAAGUGUUAUGCGCAGGUGAUGAUUCUUCGUUGUGUCUUCCAGCGAAUCCUCAAUGUCAUUCUGAUGCUGGAAAGUGGUGCGGGUUCCAGACGUGCAGUCCUUGCAAUCACAUCAGCUGUGAUCAGUGCCAGGAAUCAGGCUAUAAAAUUCAUCAGUUCUGUAGCAGAUGAGCUGAAAGAAGUUAUUUUUCCUGUUCUUCGAAUAUUACUGCAACAUAUCUGUACCAAGGUCCCAGAUAAGGCUGAUUAUCGUACACAUGCUGCGCAGGCCUUGGUGAAUUUGCUGAACAAACUCCCUUGUAUAGAGUUUGCUGACUUCAUGGCUUGGCUUUAUAAAUACUCACGCAACACUAAAGUUGUCUACAGAAUGUUUGCUCUUGAUGUAGCGUUAGCUUUGUUGGAUGUGCCCGAGAGGAACUUGGACAGCUCCUUGUCCCUGGAUCAUCAGAAGUUUCUAAAGCAUAAGUUUUUAGUACAGGUCAUGGUGUUUGGCCGCUGUUCGGACAAAGCACCCGUGGUCCGUAGCAAAGCUUUAAGCAGCUUUGCCCACUGUCUUGAAAUGAAAGCUGCUGCUACCUUGGAGAGUAUACAGGACUUAUUACAAAGCUCCUCUGUCCAUACAGUCUUGGAAGCAAACACAAACACUGCGAGUUCGAUAGUCAGUGCAGAAGGUAUAGAGUCAUUCUCUUAUACUACACCCCACCAUCCACUGAAGACCUUACCAACUUUCAAAACUAUUGAGUUGACAGAUAGCAGCGAUACUGCUGUACUUGAUGGAAAAGAAGUCAUGGCCAUGCUGAGACUGAGAGCCAAGGAUGAGAAAACCAAUGUGAGGAAAUCUGCUCUCCAGGUUUUUAUGAACAUCCUGAAGCACAAAGUGAUCCCUUGUACUGCAGAAGAUUUGUCCACUCUUCAAGAUCGUUGCCGGGACCCAGCUGUUUCUGUGCGGAAGCAGGCCUUGCAGUCUAUAACAGAGCUCCUUGUGUCUCAGCACAAUAAUGUUCUAGUGCAAAAGGCCUGGUUAAAUGGAGUGGUGCCUGUUGUGAUGGACGCUGAAAGUUCUGUCCAAGAAAAGGCCUUGGAUUGCCUUGAUCAGCUUUUGUUGCAACAUAUAAAAAAUUAUAAUAAAUUCAGGAGUGAAGAUGGAAAGCAGGCUCUAGCAUGGGAUCUCCUUACCCUCUUGACGUCAGAAAGCCAGGAGCUGAACCAUUACUUGAACAAAGCUUUUCAAAUGUGGUCUAGACAGAAUAAGUUCACCUCUACUUUCAUUAAUAAUGUCAUGUCUCAUGUGGAAACGGAGCAUGCUGUACCAGCUUGGAUGUUGCUUGCCAAGGUGGUGGGUUCUUCACCCAAGCUGGAUUAUUCCAAGAUCAUUGAAUCCUGGGACAAUGUCAGCAGGCAGCGGAACAUGAGCACUGAUACUACAGGGCAUAUACUGUGUGUCAUGGGUCAUGUUGCAAAGCACCUCCCUAAAAGCACCUGUGAGAGGCUGAUUGAUAAUAUCAAGUGCUGGCUGAGGGAGUCUCACUGUCCCUUGGAGGUGAUUAGCCCAGCUGUAGAAACUCUGCAGAAGCUCUGCCAUGCGUCUGCACAUGUGCCGGAGGAGGCACAGGAGCUGCUCAACCAGGUGUAUGGAGAUUUAGUAUCCACCUGUGAAAGCUGUAUUUCGAAUAUAGUCCUCAAAGAGGAUGGAGCAGAGCAGCUGCAAGAAGAUCUCUUGGUGAGACACCUCUUCAUCUUGGGUGAGGCUGCACAGCUGUGUCCAGCCAAAGUGGAGAAACGCAUCUUUCUUUUGAUUCAGUCCAUUCUGGCUGCUUCUGUCAACGAGGACCAAUUGUCUAGUUCUCCUGAUGGUGAGGCAAUUCCAGCUUCUCAGCCACUGUCCCAGUUCAGAGGAUCAGCCAUGCCUCCAGUGGUCAGAGCUCAUGCAUUCAUUACUCUAGGUAAAUUGUGUUUACAGCAUGAGGAUCUGGCAAAGAAAUGCGUUGCAGCUCUAGCUCGAGAACUAGAGGUGUCACAUGAUGUGGCUGUUCGCAAUAACGUUGUCAUCGUUAUGUGUGAUUUAUGUAUCCGCUACACAUCCAUGGUGGACAGAUACAUUCCCAACAUUUCAUUGUGUCUGAAGGAUCCAAAUCCCUUCAUCCGUAAGCAGACGCUGAUCCUGCUUACCAACCUUCUGCAGGAGGAAUUUGUGAAAUGGAAAGACUGUCUUUUCUUCCAUUUUGUCAGCGUCUUGGUGGAUCCAAAUCCAGAUAUUGCCAGGUUUGGAGAGUUCUGCCUGGUGCAUCUCUUACUGAAGAGGAAUCCAAUAAUGUUCUCCCAACACUUCAUUGAGUGCAUCUUCCAUUUCAAUAGCUACGAGAAACAUGAGAAGUACAACAGGUUCCCCCAGAGCGUGCGGGCGAAGAAUCGCUUCUCUCUGAAGGGAAAAGAUAACAAAGAAAAAAGGAUGCGUAUCUACAAGUUCCUGCUAGACCACUUUACUGAUGAGCAGAGGUUCAGCAUCACAACAAAGAUCAGCCAGAGCAUCCUAGCAUGCUUUGUGGAUAAUGUCCUUCCUUUGGACCUUGAGGCCAGUGAGCUGCUCUCGGAUACGUUUGCAGUCCUUAGCUGCAAAGAAAUCAAGCUUUCAACUAUGAGAUCAAAACCCGAUGAAGACAUUCAGGCUGAUGAAGAUGAAAUGGCAAUGGCCAAUGCUGUCAUGGAGGCAGCACAAAAAAAGCUCAUCUCGCAGGUUCAAAAGAAAAACUUUGUAGAAAACAUCAUCCCAGUGAUCACAUCACUGAAGUCUCUGAUGGAGCAGAAGAGGAUCCCAGCUCUUGGGGACCUUAUGAACUACCUACGGGAAAUGAUGCAAGAUUACCGAAAUGAAAUCAAAGACUUCUUUGCUGUGGACAAGCAGCUGGCAGCCGAGCUGGAGUAUGAUAUGAAGAAAUACGAAGAGCAGCUGGCCAAGGAGAAGGAGUCAGACCAAGAGCAGGUCUCGGCAGCACAGGCAGAGCAACCUCCAUCUUUGGAGAGAGCUGUACUUUCUGGUGGCUGGAGUAAUAAUGCUCAGUCUCCUCUAAGUAGGAGACAGUCCUUGCCACCUGGAUCAAGUCCUUCCUCUGUGCCUUCUGAGUGUACUACAUCUAUUACUGAUGUUCUGAAACAGCCGUUACUCAGUCACAGGCCAGCAUCCUUGAGCACACUUGCCAUCCUGAACUCUGCCAGGAAAGCAGUGGAAGCCAAAAGCAAGCAACGCAGCAAGAGUGUUGGAGGAAGUUUAUCGGCUGUAUCGCUUCCAUCAAGCACAGCUGGCAGCAAGCGAGUAUCCUUUCAAAGCCUGAAUCAACAGUCUACCAGAGAAAAUGUUUCUGUGGUGGGCCGCGCAAUCAGCACGCCAGAGCAGACCAUUAAUAACUUGACUUUUGGUGCUGAGGUCAGUUACAUCAGCUUGACGCAGACACCCAGUUCAGCUCCAGGGAAGCGAAAGACUGAGGACAAGACAAGAGAUAUUAUCUGUUUGACAUCACCAGAGAAACUCCCAUCCCUGGCGCAGGAAUGGAAAGUAGAAUCCCCAGCAAGGAAAAAAAGCAGCCAACGUGUCCCUCUGAGACGGUCCCAGCGGAGAGCUCCACUGAAACCAGACAACUGAUCCUUUCAUUGAACUUUUGUACAGAAUCAUCAUGUUGCUUGAAAUCUGUCCUUUUCCUCUGUAAUUAUAAAUCAUCAAGGGCACAUGUCCUGCCUUCCUUAUCUAUUAUUUGGUUUUUACAUGAAACUGUCUAGAAUAUGGGCAUACAAAGCCUGCAUUAACACAUGUAUGUAUUAUAAGCUGCUGCUGUUGACAAAGCUCACUGGAGUGCUAGAAAGCUGCAGUAUAAGGGGAGGCUUGCUCUUCACUCACAGGAUGUAUAAUUUGUCCAUUUGGAAAAGUAAGAGCAUAAUGUUGCCACAAGCUUAGCAAUAAAUGCAUUUAUCACAGCUUGCAGGGAAGUGAAUGGCUCAGCUUAUUCACUCAGUCCCUCAUUGUCCCUCUUGGUUAUAUACUAGAGUUGCUUUAAUUUGAACAAAGGUAAAACAGCUUGUCACUGCCACACCCCUAAAUCUGGUAAUUGCACGCUACAUCACCUCUUAUUUGUUGUGCAAACUCCUGUGUGUAUGAACAGCCUUAAUGUUCUUUUAUAUGGAAUAUUUCCAUUCCUGAACUAUGUUAUUUCCAACUAUUAACAUUUUAUGAAAAUAAAUGGUUACAGAAUUAA